CACCCUCCAACUUAGCUCCCGACGUUACGCGUGCGCAGUCGGCGUGCCAGAAGCUGUCUGGUGCGGUGCUACACCUUUCUGUGUCUCUGUAGCUACAGACCACAGCUGCUGUCUGUGAAGGCCACGGCAGGUCUGCAACCUUGUGAAGGUGUGCUGAACACGCACACACGCACAAACACUUGCACGGCUUACUGUGGGGGUUCUUUUUUUUUUCGUAGAUAUUUUUUCUUACCCUCGAUUGUGAGGAAAAUCUACAAAAGUUUGCUCCUCAUGUAAGUAAAGCCAGCUGGGUUCAGGAGCAGCGACUGGUUACGGAGACCAGCAGGAGGAGAAACCAUGGCUAACGGAGGAAGUUUGUGGGGAGAAUCUGCCCUGGGAAGAAAGGCUCGUAGGUCAGGUAUCUUCCUCGCCUUGCUGUUGACAGUGACAGCGGCCUCUUCCUUGACACGUGAAACAGGAGAAAAGACGUCUUCCUCCUUCUCCAGGAGUGAGGAAGCAGGCGAGGCAUCUCACUCAACCUACACCAGAAUCUCGGGGUCAAAGGUCGGUUAUGAAGGCCGUGACAAACUCUCGGCACCCAGAGAGGACCUGCUCGCCAAGCUAAAGACAGUAGCUGCAGAAAAUGGCGAGGCAGGAAUCCAGACAAGAGGGACUAAGGAAGGAUCUGCUUCCAAAGGUUCCUACGAGGCGAGGAACAGCAGCAGCAGCAGCAGUUACUACCAGGCAGAGGCCAGUUUUCAUGCCGAGAGUGGAAGCAGCAGUUCGUUUCAAUCUGGCUUCCAACAUGGGGCAGAGGCGGGCAGUCAGCAGGGUGGAGCUGUCCGGUCUGGUUACAACCAAUCCGUCAGCAGUAGCAGCAGCAGCAGCGGCAGCAGCAGCGGCAGGGUCGGCAGUAGCAGAGCUGCCGCCUCACAAAACGAACGCCAGGAAGAGUCUGCUAGACAAGCCCAAACGGCGAGCCAAGCUAGACUGGUGAGCCAGUCACAACAGGCUAACCAAAGCCAGCAGGUAAGCCAGGCCCAACAGGUGGACGCCAGAAGCGAGGCAUCUCGUCACAGCUCCUCUGAUCGGAGAGGUCGAGAUGAAGUCCGUACCCAGAGUGACGAGCAGUCUCGAGCAGCUUCCGAGGGGGUGUCGGCAGCAAGGUCGGCGUCUGCAGAGAGCGCAGCAGGUAGGAGAAGUGAAGCAUCCAAGUCGGCAUCGUCUUCAUCGCAGUCGGUGUCCGAGCUCGACAAAGCGUCCGUGAUGACUUCCGACUCGGACCAGCGCGCGUACUACGAGGAGCUGUUUUCAAAGAGGUGCAGGCCAUGUGAGGUCAACGGCCGAAUGUACAGAGGUCAUUCUCGGUUUGAAUACGAUGAUAACUGUAACCGCUUCAGAUGCGUCUGCAGUUGUGACGGUUCCUACAAUUGCCCAGCCAGAUACACCAUAGACAUCUGCAAACAGGGAGCUGAAGGAAAUACUUCCAGUGAGCAGCCUUCGAGAUCCCGCUGUCAGCGUUGUCAAGCCCUGGGCCACGAGUUUGACGGUAAUUCCUACUUCGACGUCCAGGACGGUUGCCUCCGACAUCGCGGCUGCAUCUGCUACUGUAACGGUACUUGGAGCUGCCCCAAAGAACGCUCCAUCAACACGUGCGAGGGUGAAAGGGUUGUUGGCCCCGCGCGCACGUGCAAAUCCUGCAACGCCAAGGGCAAAGUCGUUGCCGGGGAGACGUACUUCGACCUGGAAGAGCCUUGCAAGCGAUAUAGAUAUUGUAGAUGCCGCUGUGAUGGUUCUUGGGAAUGCCCGGAGCAGUACGCGGAAGACACAUGCAAAUCUCCUACUACUCCUUCUCCAGCGGAAGACACGAGGUGCAGGAGCUGCGUGGCCCACGGCAAAGAGUUUCAGGGCAACACGUAUUUUGAGCUGGAGGACGGCUGCGUCGAGUACAAGAACUGCGUGUGUCGCUGCAACGGUUCGUGGUCGUGUCCCACGCGCUACGCUCGCAACAAAUGCCAUGGACCAGGGGGCGUUGGGCGCAAUAAGAGUUAUGUCAACACCAACACCGACUGUCAGUCCUGCUAUGCUUUCAACGUGUACCACCGCGGCAACACCUACUUCACUGCCCGGGACGGGUGCACGCAGUACUCCAGGUGUGUGUGUCGUUGUGACGGUUCGUGGGACUGCCCUCCCAGGUACGCCUCCAACGUCUGCACCACGGCUAACACCACCGUCUCCACCAGCGACGACUCGGAGUGCUCGGACUGCGACGCCCGCGGCAAAAUCGUGUCGCCCAACACUUUCUUCAACCUCACAGAAGGCUGUGUGACCUACAGCCAAUGUCUCUGUCAUUGUGACGGCUCAUGGAACUGUCCAGAACACUUCGCUCGCAACAUCUGCGACAAACCGGAAGUCGACAAGGAUGUAGAAAGUGACGGGUGCAGAAACUGUCAUGUUGACAGCCGAGUAGUGAGAGGCAACAGUUACUUCGACAGGAUCGACGGUUGCUACAGAUAUCGUGACUGCCUGUGUAAGUGCGACGGAAGCUACGAAUGCCAACCAAACCGUGUCAUCAACAUCUGCUCACUCGAGAGCGCCAACGCUUCCAGCGCCGCCUCAUCCUCAUCUUCGUCAGAAUCGUCGUCGUCCUCCUCGUCCUCCUCCUCGUCCUCCUCGUCUGCUGCUAGCUCCGCCUCUGGUGCGGCUGCGCAGUGCACUGGUUGUGUGGUUGGUGGUCAGCAGCGAGCUCCCAGAUCGAGGUUCACGUACGAGGCGGACUGCCACGAGUACGACUGCGAGUGCCACUGCAACGGAGUGUUCACUUGCCCCGCGGAGCGCGCGCGCUACAUCUGCCAGCCCCGGUGCUCCGAGUGCGAGGUGGACGGGCAAUUCUACGACGGUAACUCCUACUUCUCACGCAGAAGCGGGUGCUUCGAGUAUCUAUGCACGUGUUUCUGCAACGGCUCCUGGGUUUGUCCAGCCGACCGCGCCAACAACACGUGCACCGAGGGUCAGACCCGACCUGGAAGCUCCAGUGAAGCGGUUAGCACGGCUAGGGUUGAAAGCAGCUGCAGUAGGUGCGUGUCUAACGACGGCCGUACUCAUGCACCAGAAACCGACUUCAGCCUGGAGCAGGGCUGCAUCCAGUAUCGCUGUCGCUGCAACUGUGACGGCUCCUGGAACUGUCCAGGUGAAGCGGCCAGAAACGUCUGUCGUGGUGAGUCUCUUGGCGGGUGCCGAAGCUGUGUAAUCUCGGAAACUCAGAUUUACCGCGGAGGUGAAAACUUUGAGAUGCGAAAAGAGUGCAUCCACUACAAGUGUCGCUGCAACUGCGAUGGGUCAUGGGAAUGUCCAGGGGAAGAGGCCAGGGAUGUCUGUCUCGGAGAGGUCAGUGAACAAGUUCCCGGCGGAUGUCGCGUAUGCCGGGUAUCAGAAGAAGAGACCUAUCGGGGUGGGCGUGAUUUUACACUUGUCCAAGGAUGCAUACACUAUCAGUGCAAAUGCAACUGUAAUGGCAGCUGGGAGUGUCCAGGCAAAACAGCCAGAAACGUGUGCAUUGGUGAGGUCCCAGGAGGGUGCCGAGUGUGUCAAGUGGAAGGGCAACCAAGACCCUUUCGCGGCGAGUCUGAUUUUCAGAUGGUCAAGGACUGCAUCAACUACAACUGCCGGUGCAACUGCGACGGCAGCUGGAACUGUCCUGGAGAAAAAGCCAGACGAGUAUGCAACGCUGACGGCUCACCCUUGACCCCACCCCAACGCCCCACGACGCCGCAGUGCCGCACGUGUGUGGUGUCCGACACAGAGAGGUUCCAGCCAGGGAGGAACUUCACCUUGCGAAGAGGCUGCUAUCAGUUUCAGUGCGGCUGCGAGUGCGAUGGCAGCUGGAACUGCCCUGCCGAACGCACACGCAACUUGUGCGAGCGACGAGACGACCCAGUUCUACGCGCCCAGACCUGUCAGAGCUGCAGGGUCUCCAACUACGUGUUUCCGGGUCGAUCCUCUUUUCUGCUGACUCGCAACUGCUUACAGUUCGGCUGCGAAUGCAACUGCGAAGGACGAUGGACUUGCAACCACACGGACACCCGGAACGUGUGCAGAGGCGACGACAGUGCCCCUGUACUCCCCCGACUAUCAUCAGCAUCGUCAGUCUCCACAGUGUCGUCUUCGUUGUUAGCUCAACAGCAGCAACAACAGCAGCGACAACAACGACAGGACACGCUGUCUUCUUCGCCCAUCCACAGAUCCGUCAGCACAGCGCAGGGCUCCUCGGUGGCCGAAUCUAGCCUCAACUCCAACGCCAGAUCGCUGGCCAGGACCAACACCACGUGCAGGCCUUGCCUGGUGGACGGAAAGAGGUAUCAGUCCGACUCACAGUUCUUUAUGGAAAAAUCCUGCAGGCGCUUUACUUGCUACUGCAGAUGCAACGGCGCCUGGCGGUGCCCGCGGGAAGAAGCCGUCGAUAUCUGCACCAAUGGCAGACAGAGUGCUGCUGCGGACUCCAGAGCGGUAUUGUCGAGCCAGAGUUCUUCGGAUUCUCGCAGGGUAGAGUCUUCUGCAGCAUCAUCCAGCAGAACGCAGCUGGACCGCAGCGCGGAGAGCAGGAACCAGGCACGAUCCCAGGAGAAGGCCACCACUGACAAUGAAGAAGCUGCUGCGGCCUCAAGGCACAGCACAGACCAAAGGUAUGGGAGAACAAUUAUUCGAGUGGUCGGAGCAGCAGACACAAAUGCCUCCUCCGUCGCUGCAUCCAGUGAUUCUCGCCAGGAGGGCGGUAGUGAUGGGCAGCAGGAGCUUAAUGUACGUGGAUACUACGUGGACAGAAGACAGGAGGGCUUCGAUAAGAGCAGCAGGACCCAGGGAGCUCAAGAUGCCUACAGCCAGCAGGAUUCCCGACAAUCGCAAGGGCAAGCGGGAACCGGCGACACAAUGAGGGUCGUGUAUACCAAGACCGAGUUCCAGUCUGGCAGCCAGUUGCCAGGUAGGCAGGUGAGUUACAGCACUCACGGUCAAGGACAGGAUGCUACGAACCUUGGUGGACAGAACGGUGGUCAGCAAGCAUACCGCUAUGAAUCUCAGUCAGGUUACAGGGGACAAGUACUGGAAGGUCAAAAUGACGACUACUACGAGCAGUCCCGAGGCCAGGCAGGCGGCCACCAGGCCCAGAAUCAGUAUUACUCGGCUUCAAAGGCUUCGUCUUCUGCUUCCUCAUCCACCAGGUCGGGCGCGGACGCAGGGCUUCAGUCCAGGCAGAUGAGUAGCGCAUCUGCGGUGUCCAGUGCCGAGGCAGGCUCCGAGGCCACGGGUACUGCAGUGGAAAGUGGGUGCACGCCUUGUCAGGUGGACAACAGAUUGUACCACUCUGGCUCCGUGUUUGACUGGCGGCGUGGCUGUAUAGUUUACAAGUGCUCCUGCCUCUGCAGCGGUUCCUACCGCUGCCGUCCGACCAUGGACUCCGACUGUCGACCAGAGAAAGGAGAGGAUGUCGGCGCCGGACUUCCUGCAGGGGUUCUCACCGGACAAGUCCCUGGCAGGACAGGCAGAUCCUGUGGCAACUGCUAUGUGCAAGGCUAUGUGUUCCCUGGCAACAUGAGCUUCACUUUGCGUGAAGGCUGUGAUGAGAUGUCCUGCACGUGUGGCUGCGACGGAGCGCACCAGUGUCAGGGCAGAACCCCUAUCCCUGGCUGUACAGCGGUAUCUACACCUAUCGGAGGCGCCUCGUAUCCAUACGCAGUACCGGCUGGCGUGUAUCCCAAUGGUUACAAUCUUCCAGCUCGUCCAGGACGAGUAUAUAGCAGUUUCCAGACAUACUAUUCUGCCUCUUCUGGUUCCUCGGGCGGAGCAUGUGCAACAUGCAGUGGUGGUCUUCUCUUACCGGUGGGUGUCCUGCCGCAGGGUGGACAGGUGGACCCCGCGCAGCCACUGGCAUCACAGGGUCAAUACAACGCGCAAUUCCAGAUGGUACCCAUGAUGCAAACACCUGUCUCGGACAGUGGGGCCAGAGACGUGGAGGACAAGAACUGCGCGUCCUGCUUCGUCAAUGGCAGGUCGUAUCGUGGCAGCUUUGAGUACACCAAAGACUGCUACUACAUCACCUGCUACUGCGACUGCUCGGGGAUGCUGCGGUGCUCGGCGCAGCUAGCAUCGUCGGAAGUGUGUCCUCCUCAAUAUGGCCCUGUCAGUGGUCGCUGUCGCAGUUGCGUCGUGCAAGGUCACGAGUACCCUCCCAGCGUGCAGUUUGGCCUGCGGGUGGGCUGCUACGGAUACGAGUGCACAUGCGGGUGUGACGGCAUGUGGAUGUGCCCGACUCAGGUGCCAACCAACUACUGCGUGCGCCCGGCCAGCUUUUCCCCCAGCGUUGGCUACGACAGGUAUGAAACUUUGGCCUCAGAGGGGACCGCUGGACAAGGGUACACAGCUGAACUGAAGGAGUCGUCUUUCUCUCAAAGUGCAUUAGAGGAUCCACUGAGCUGUACGGACUGCAUCAUUCGAGACACCAGUUACCCGAGUCGAAGCAGAUUUCUCUACAGGGAUGGGUGCUUGCAACACACGUGCGACUGUGCCUGUGACGGAAGCUGGUCAUGCCUCAAGACUGAAACGGUGGACGUCUGUCAACAGCAGCAGACCAUGCAGGAAGAGGAGAGAAGAGAAGAGAUGAGGAAACAACAGAACGAAGAUGACAGAAGGCAGCGUAAAGAAGAUGACAUGAUGACAGACCGAAUGAAAGCAGUGGCUGAAGUUGCUGCACAUGAAGCCAGGCUAGCCUCCCUGAACAACAAGUGCCAGAGUUGCCAAGUGGAUGGCAAAAACUAUUUGGCCAAUUCUCAGUUUAACUACAGACAAGGCUGUAACCUGUUCACAUGCCAAUGCUUCUGCAAUGGUUCCUGGGAAUGUCCCAGCACCAGCACGCGAAACCUUUGCCUUUCUUCCGACUAUCGAGUGGAUGGAUGUCGUGAGUGUCGGGUGGACAACAAGACCUACCCGGGAGGUACACCCUUCACUCAUCGAGAAGGAUGUUGGGAGUUUGCCUGUCACUGCGACUGCAAUGGACAGCCUGCCUGCCCGCCGGAGAGAUCGCGCAACCUCUGCAGCUUGGUGGGAGGCAGCCUUGACCAAGCUCAAUCUGAUGUCAGCGAGACUGGUGGCGCCAUAGUGCCAGCGUCUGCCUGCAAGCCAUGCAUGGUAGAGGGGCAAAUGAUUCGCUCUCGGUCAGCUUUUACACAGCGGCGUGGCUGCACAGAGUUUCUGUGCCAGUGCUCCUGCAAUGGCACCUGGACAUGCCCUGUGGACCGCUCUUACAACUUCUGCGACCUGAGUAACCCCAGUGAAGGGGGAAGUGAACUCACUACUGUACCCCGCAAAGGCUGCACAGUCGGAAGACGAACCUACUACACAAGGCUGUUUGCGUUCUAUGACCGGUGCAUUCAGUUCAUGUGCAUCUGUUACGACUCUGGUGCCUGGAAAUGUCCUACUGGGAAAGAACGUUAUAUCUGCUAGCCGCUAUAAUUGACAGUUAUAGAAUGUCUUUCAUUUAUAGAAAAGAUCUUGAAGUGGCAGAUAACUGAUGACAAUACUGCUAGUCAGCUGUCAUGAAUUUCUACGUAACUUACUGCUUUCCAUUUUCAAAAACACAUUUUUUGCUUCUUUCACAAUGUGUGACUUAAAAAGACAAAAAGUGUUGAAAUCUUUUCUUUAAUGUUGCUUAAUUGUUAAAGUACAUGCCAAAUGAAUAUUAUCAUUAAAGGCAGCCUUACACUGAAAGGCACCACUAUUUUUGGUUCAGCAAUUCACCAGCAGAUAUAAACUGUCCUGAUAUUAUUGAUAUCCAUAAAAUCUCUCUCUCGUAUACUAACAUUUGUAUGAAUCCACACAACAUAAGCAAAAUUGAAUGUAAUGCGCUUUCAGACCAUCAAGUUAAUUUGAAAUAUUAACAUACACACACCAGAAAUGGAUUAUUCCUAGCAUUUCAUCAAUGUAUGCACAGCAACACAAAUGCAGGAGUGCUGAAAAAUGCAAAUGUGUAAACAUACUAUAUAAUGUUGAUACACCGAAACAUUCCUGUCAAUACUAUGAUCUUUUUUAGUUUCAGUAACUGAUGAAAUGUAUGACCUUUUUUUCUCUUUUGCCUUCAGAUUAUCCAUACAUUUAACAUGUGUGCAAUGUUUUAACUUUAAAAAACAAUAAAAACACUGUCUUAAAUGCACAAAUUAAAAAUAUGAUUAUUUCAAA